AUGAAGACCGGUCGAAGACUCCAGGGAGGAGUAAGUAUUUGUGAUAUUCCGAUUCGGUUGGGGUUGGUGAUCCCAGAAGUGCGAGAAAAGAAACAUGAGAAACCUCAUCUGGAAUCAGACGAUCACUUAUGGCCACCUCCAUAUGCCCCAAACCAUCAAGGACCAUCUCCCCAGAAUUCAGAUGAACAAAAUAGUUCUGAUUCUGACCCUGAAUCUCCCAAACCCCCUCAGUGGGUCACCCGAAGCCAGAAGCGAGCACCUAAACGGGGAGAACAGCAAGGAUUCAAUAACAGAGGAGCAGAGGUGAAACAAGACAAAACUGACUGGAGACCAGCUUUCAGUGAAUACCAUUCCUAUGAGACAGAAAGAGAAGUGGAAUUCACAGUGGAAAAGCCAAUUGAAAGAUUAGACCGUGAAAGGCCAAUAAGAGGUCGUGCUGGAGGAAAAAAUAGAAUCCGAGGUAGAGGAAGAGGUAGUGGAGUAAAUAGAAGUUUCGAUGGCUUUGACCAAAGAGGAAAACGGGAGCUUGAAAGACAAAGUGGGAAUGUUAAAACAGGAAUGAAAGCAGAUGACAAAAAAGGUGGAGGUGGAGCUUUCAACUGGGAAACAGUUAAAGAUAAUACAAGUGGGAUGAAACAGACUGCUCCAAUGGAAGAGACUGCAGAGACAGCUGAGAAGCCACAGUCAUCUGAAGAAGAGCCUCUGAACAAAGUUGCUGAAGGAGAGCCAGUGGAAGAAGUAGUUCAAGAAAUGACCUUAGAUGAGUGGAAAAAUCUUCAGCAACAGAAUCGACCAAAGCCUGAAUUCAACAUCCGGAAGCCAGAAUCCACUGUUCCUUCCAAAGCAGUGGUGAUUCACAAGUCAAAAUAUAGUGAUGAUUUGCAGAAAGACUUUGAAGAUGACUCUCAUGUCUUUCGAAGACCGGUGAAUGACAUAACAUCUCAGCUGGAUAUUAAUUUUGGGAGUCUUUCGCGCCCUGGUCGUGGAUCAAGAGGAUCACGAUGUGGUUGUGGCAGACGAGUUGCAAACGCAGAACCACAACCAGCAGUAGUGGUGCAGCUUGUUGCUCCAAACCCUGAUGAUCCUGAGGAUUUUCCGGCUUUAGUUUGAAGAACCAUCAUGAAUGGUGGUAUCUCAAAGUAGCUUUUGUGUAUCUGUGAAGAGACCAGUUUUGUGCUGGUGUCGAUAAAGUCUAUUUCUACUGGAAAGGUUGUUUGGGUUUUGGUGUGGAAUGAUUGCAGCCCUCUGCUAAUGGAGUUGGGUUUUGGAGGUAUCAGUGGGCUGAAUCCUGUCACAGGUUCCAGUAUGUGCCUUUAUAUUUGAAAUUCUGUAUGAAGGAGAACAGUACUUCACAAGUCUUCAAAUGAUGUUCAAGAGUACAGUGUUUAAAUGUGUAUAUAGAGUUUAUACCAAAUUCUCCAUGAUACCAUGGUGAAAUUUAAAUAUGCACAAUAUGGUCUGCAACGGAGACUGUAACUGCACUCUUGAAGGCUGCUUUCUCUGUCUCUUUGAAGUUGUGUAUUUCACCCAGUCACAAAGUUUGGCAAAUAAAGUGUUCAUUGGUUUGAGUUUGAGGUGUUUACUUUCAUGAGUCAGAGUAGCAGAUUGAAGCUUUUGAUAUUUGGAUGUAGUAUCAAAAAAAACCCCAAAC